UGCAGUGAAGACUACAGUGCGUAAUACUACAGUACGACCGGAGGAGCACUCAUCCUACUGUAGUGUUACCUACAGCAGACCCGUCAGCCAGGUCCAGAUGGAGUCCGGAUAGAGUCUCCUCCACACCAACUUCCCCCCCGGAGAACAGCCGCAUUGAUCGGACCAGCUGUCAGCGGACCUCGGUGGAGCGCGUCACCUUUACGGCAGAGUCUCACCUCCAGGGUCCCACGGCGUCAACCGGACCCCCAAACCACAACCCCCCCAACAUCAACAUGACCGAGGAGAAGGAGAAGGAGGAGAAGCAGGAGGAGCACGGGCCGGAGACGGGAUGCGAGGAACCCGCAGAAGCCGACACGGAGAGCCCGGUGGGAGCCGAGGAGGAAUCGCCGCUGCGGGAGGAGAAGCGGGAGAACGGAGAGGGGAGGUGCGAGCUCCAGGAGCCCCCGGCCGAGGGGGACGCCGAGCCCGAGUUCGUCCACCCGGAGGGCGGAUGGGGCUGGGUGGUCAUGCUGGCUGCCAUGUGGUGCAACGGCUCCGUGUUCGGCAUCCAGAACGCCUUCGGGAUCCUGUUCCUGUCGCUGCUGCGGGAGUUCGGCUCUGAGGAUGACGAUGACCUCCGCUUCAAGACAGCCUGGGUGGGCUCCCUCUCCAUGGGGAUGAUCUUCUUCUGCUCGCCCAUCGUCAGCGUGUUCACCGACAUCCUGGGCUGCCGGAUCACGGCCGUGGGCGGGGCCGCCGUGGGCUUCAUCGGUCUAUUCGCCAGUUCCUUCGUCACUUCCCUGGGCCCGCUGUACUUCACCUACGGCGUAGUGUUUGCGUGCGGCUGCUCCUUCGCCUACCAGCCCAGCCUGGUGAUCCUGGGCCACUACUUCAAGAAGCGUCUGGGGCUAGUGAACGGCAUCGUGACGGCCGGCAGCUCCAUCUUCACCAUCACGCUGCCGCUGGUGCUGUCGCGCCUGCUGGAGUCGGCCGGCCUGCAGUACACCAUGAGGAUGCUCAGCGUCCUCAUGUUCAUCCUCAUGCUGGCCGGACUCACCUACAGGCCCCUCCUCCCCGCCAAGCCCCGCCCCUCGCACCCGGGCAGCCGCUGCCCCCCCUUCAAACAGGUGUUCAACUUCAACAUCUGGCGGUCGCUAGGUUACCGCAUCUGGGCGUUCGGCAUCCCGGCAGCGCUCUACGGGUACUUUGUGCCGUAUGUGCACCUGAUGAAGCACGUGGAGGAGCGGUUUGGCGCCGACGCCAACAAGGAGGUGCUGCUGAUGUGCAUCGGGGUCACCUCCGGGGUCGGACGCCUCAUCUUCGGCCGCGUCGCCGACUACGUGGAGGGGGUGAACAAAGUGUACCUCCAGGUGUCGUCGUUCCUGGUCAUCGGCCUCAUGUCCAUGAUGAUCCCUCUGUGUAACGUGUUUGGCGGGCUGAUCGCCGUCUGCCUCCUGAUGGGGCUGUUCGACGGCUGCUUCAUCUGCAUCAUGGCCCCCAUCGCCUUCGAGCUGGUGGGCUCGGACAACGUCUCCCAGGCCAUCGGCUUCCUGCUUGGCCUCAUGUCUGUUCCCAUGACCGUCGGACCCCCCAUCGCUGGCUUCCUGAGGGACCGCCUGCAGAACUACGACGUGGCGUUCUACCUGGCAGGGAUCCCGCCCCUGGUGGGCGGGGCGGUGCUCUGCCUCAUCCCCUGGGUGGAGCGGCGCCGCCACCAGAAGGAGCACGAGGUCAACAUGAAGAUGCUGGACAAGAAGAGCAACCAGGCCGUCUGCUAG